UCGCACUUUUUAAUAAGAAUGAACAUCGCUCAGACGAAAAUCGAAACAUUCACAGUUUAAGUAUAUAUUUUUUAAAUUAAAAAAAUUGAUGUUUUUACUUUUAAUGAAAAAUGUAAUAACAAGUGAACUCCUUAAGAAUGUACAUUCAAGUAAGAUUAAAUGCAAUUCUGUGUAAUACAAUUUAUACAUUCAAAAAAGCACUCAUAAAGUCGGAUUGCCAAUAUUUCGAACAUUGUCAGUAAUCACUUAUCCUACUUAAAAAAAAAAAGUUUUUGUUUCUGCCGUAUUUGUGGCAGGUUCCAGACAAAUUCGAGAACGCGCACCGCAUUUGAAUUUACCGCGGCUGCGUUCGUUGUCUCGUGGACGGAGUGGGAGCGACGAGGCGACCCGCGAUUGGCUCGCGUCGUCCCCUCUAACCCGGUCGGCGCAGUUGCGUCACUGGAGUUCGGUCCGUUCCGCGAAUCCGUUUCCGCUCUUCUCGUCACUCCGCGACUAUCCGCGAGCGAGCGGGUCUCGAGGGCGUGCGACUGUUGGCUUCACGUAUCCCGCUCGUGCCUGCUGGGCGGCCUCCUGCUGCUGGUCUGCGCACGUCGCGUCACAGAUUUCAUGUGUUGACAUCGGGAAAGCGAAUCGGUUUACGUCUACGGCUUUCUCAAUCCGCGUUAAGUGAACGGGCGACCAUCGCGAUGUCGGCGAUCUUCGACAUCGAGCUGCAGGACGCAGGGCUGCCGCACAGGGACGAGUCGGAGGACGACGACGUCAUCGAGAUCGACGCGGAGGAAUGCGUCGCGCUGAACGUGAAUGAGAUCGUAAACUCGUCGGACGUCGUGGAGACGGUGCAGAUAUCCGAGCAGAAUGUCAAUCACACGCGCGAGAAGGUCGGCCCGCAGGACUUCGAGCUGUGCAAAGUUAUCGGCAAAGGCGGCUAUGGCAAGGUGUUCCAAGUGCGCAAAAUAACGGGAAACGACAGCGGCACGAUCUUCGCGAUGAAGGUAUUGCGCAAGGCUUUAAUCGUGCGGAAUCAGAAGGAUACAGCUCAUACUAGAGCUGAAAGAAACAUCUUGGAGUCCAUAAAGCAUCCUUUUAUCGUUGAUCUCAAAUACGCUUUCCAAACUGGUCAUAAAUUAUAUCUAAUAUUGGAAUAUAUGUGUGGCGGUGAGUUGUUUGGGCACUUAAAUAACGAAGGAAUUUUUCUGGAAGAUACUGCACGUUUUUAUUUAUGCGAAAUUAUAUUAGCCCUACAACAUCUCCACUUGCAAGGAAUCAUAUACAGAGAUUUGAAGCCAGAAAAUGUUCUAUUGGAUGUGAACGGACAUAUUAAACUAACUGAUUUUGGAUUGUGUAAAGAGCAUAUACAGGAAGGUGCUCUUACACAUACUUUUUGCGGGACUAUUGAAUAUAUGGCACCUGAGAUUUUAACAAGAAGUGGACAUGGGAAAGCAGUAGACUGGUGGAGUUUGGGAACUUUAGCGUAUGAUAUGCUUACGGGAGCUCCACCAUUUACUUCAAGCACUAGAAAGAGAACUAUUGACAAGAUUCUACGUAGUAAAUUAGUUUUCCCGCAAUAUUUAACGCCCGAUGCUAAAGAUCUUAUUAGGAAAUUGUUGAAGAGGCAAGCUGUGCAAAGAUUGGGAUCUGCUUCGUCGGAUGGUGAAGAUGUAAAAACACACAAAUUCUUUAAACAUAUCAAUUGGCAGGAGGUUUUAUCUCGACAGUUAAAACCUCCUUUUAAACCAAACUUGUCUAGCGCGGAAGAUGUAUCACAAUUUGAUAAGAAAUUUACUACCACAGCGCCAAUAGAUUCUCCAGUCGAUUAUACUUUGAGCGAAUCAGCUGAUGGACUGUUUCAGGGAUUUACAUACGUAGCACCAAGCAUAUUGGAAGAUGUGUUUCUUCAACAAUCUAAGUAUCAUCUAAGUACUAUGUCACCACCACGAGUAAUAAAAGCUAGAAGUCCUCGCAAAGCAACUCGUGGUUUUUCACCUCGGACGACGCAUUUUCAUUUCCACAACUUACCAAAUCACACGUACAAUGUAGGCCAUACCAACGUGGAAGAUGCAGAAAUGAUUGAAAUAGGCUAACCAUUACUGUUAAACUAGUAGAUAGCAUUUUUGCCCAAUUGCUGGAUAUUCAUAAUCCUCAGGGAGGGGUUUUAUAAUUUAGAGGGUGUAGUUAGGGAAUGGAUGCAGUGUCCAUUAUUACAUUGGAUAUCCAGCAGUUACAUUUAGCAAAUUUUUUUUAUAUCCCUAUAUCGCGUAUGAAAAUAUCAAUAGAUUAUGAUUUGACAGCGACGCAGCAGGUAUUUGGUAGCGUGUAGAAUAGUUGCAAUUUAAACUAGAUUUAACGAUAAUCCGCAAGAAAGUACAUUUCUCAACUAGUUAUUACAGAUUAUUUUAAUUAGAUUUAUUGAAAGAAUAUAUAUUUUUCAUUGAAUUUAUGGAUCAAUUUUUAUAAAUAUCUGAAUCUUUAUUAACGCAGCAAUCAUGUUAUUAUAUAUUUAUAUGACAAGAUCGUAAUUUUUACUGUAGUGUAGCUAAAGAUAAGCUUUUAAAAUUCUUGGAAUAUUCGAAUAUAAUGCUUGAUUCCAAUAAUUCAUUAAAUUUCAGAAGAUCCCUAUACGU